AUGUUCUUCAUUCUCCUAAUUCUCCUCUCUGUUCCCUCUAAUUGUAUUGUUCUUUCUCAGAAAAUAUCAACUUUUCGGAAGCUUUAUUUGCCAACAACUUCAGUAGGUCCUGAAUCUAUCACUUUCGACUCCCUCGGUAGAGGACCAUAUACAGGCAUCUCUGAUGGAAGGAUUGUUAGAUAUGAUGAACAUACGACAGGUUUCGUCGAUUUUGCUUACACAUCGCGGAAUAGGUCCAAGGCUCUUUGUGAUGGAACAAAUGAUCCGGCUUUGCGUCCUAUUUGUGGGAGACCAUUAGGUAUUGAAUUCUUCCACAGGAAGAAUAUGCUAUUUAUUGCUGAUGCUUUUCUAGGGUUGUUUGUGGUUGGACCAAAUGGAGGACUUGCAACCGGACUUGCUACUGCUGCAGAAGGAACACCCUUCAGAUUUCUUAACGGUUUGAGUGUUGAUCAACAUACUGGAGACGUUUAUUUCACAGAUUUCAGUUCAAAAUUCUUGCAAAGCCAAAUCCUAGACGCAAUUGCUGCCAAUGACUCAACAGGAAGGUUACUAAAGUACGAUUGCAGAAGUAAAAAAGUCAGAGUGCUACUAAGUGGCCUUUCUGGGGCAAACGGUGUUGCAAUCAGUUCAGAUCGCUCGUAUUUACUUGUAGCUGAGACCAUAGCUUACAGAACUCGAAGAUUUUGGCUACGUGGGACCCGAGCUUUUACGUCUGAAGUUGUGGCCAAAUUUCCAGGAAGGCCUGAUAAUAUUAAAAGAGCACCUUCAGGAGAUUUUUGGGUGGCAGUCAACAUACCGAGGACAGAAGUACCAAGUUCAGUACCUGCAGAAAUUAGAAUCAACGGAGCUGGCGGUAAUUUGCAGACUUUGCCUCUAGACCAAUACUAUAACACUACUGUAAGUGAGCUUUUACAGCGUGGUUCGCGAUACUAUGCUGGAUCUGCCCAAGCCGAUUUUGUUGGUGUUUUCAACACAUGA